GAAGUACAGUGCAUCGCUAUAAUUCAUUAAUACAUCAUAAAUCGUCAAGCACAGGGUUAUAACGACCACGAGCCACAAAUCAAGCCCUCCAAAAUAACCCAAAUGAGCUCUUACUUUGUAAACUCGUUCUCAGGGCGCUACCCAAAUGGCCCCGACUAUCAGUUACUAAAUUAUGGGACCAGCAGUUCCAUGAACGGUUCUUACAGAGAUUCAAGCACCAUGCAUUCCAGCUCUUAUGGCUACAACUACAAUGGGAUGGACCUUAGCAUCAACCGCACAGCCUCCUCUAGUCACUUUGGGGCUGUGGGCGAGAGCUCCCGCGGUUUCCCUUCUCCAGCACAGGAGAGCAGGUUUAGACAGGCGUCUAGCUGCUCCUUAUCUUCUCCCGACUCCCUGCCCUGCUCCAACAGCGAGAGCCAUGGAGGCAAGCCCGCCCCGUCCCCCUCCGAGCAAGCUACUUCUGGCAGCACCAACACAAAUUUCACAGAACUAGACGAGACCAGCGCGUCCUCGGGAGCCGACGAGGGCACUCCAAUAAGCAGCAGCAUCCCCCGAGCGCAGGCAGAGCCCAUCGCAACCUCCACCGCGGCACCAGAAGGGCAGGCACCUCAGAUAUUCCCUUGGAUGAGGAAACUUCACAUUAGCCAUGACAUGACUGGACCAGACGGUAAGAGGGCGAGGACAGCGUACACUCGCUACCAGACCCUGGAGUUGGAAAAGGAAUUUCACUUCAAUAGAUAUCUCACCCGCAGGAGGAGAAUAGAGAUCGCUCACGCUCUCUGCCUCUCCGAGAGGCAGAUCAAAAUCUGGUUCCAAAACAGAAGGAUGAAAUGGAAGAAGGAUAAUAAACUGAAAAGCAUGAGCUUAGCCUCUGCAGGCAGCGCCUUUCAGCCAUAAAUUAUAGAGGAGGAAUAUCGAGGAGAGA